GCCGCGGGGGGGCACCGGGCAGCGACCGAGCUCGGGGCUGCGGCGUCACUGCGGGCCUGCGCGGCACCGGGAGCGGCCCCGGCCCCGGGAGCGGCCCCGGCCUCCCACCGCCCCGCGGGCAGCGCUCAGCGGCGGCCCCGGGAUGGGUCCCGGUGGCCCCGGCGGCGGGUGGCCCCUGGCCGGGACCCUGCUGGUGGCCGUGGCCGCGUCGCUGGCGGCGGCGGGCGAGGACUGCCUGUGGUACGUGGACAGGAACGGGUCCUGGCACCCCGGCUUCGAGUGCCAGUUCCUGAGCUUCUGCUGCGGGUCCUGCCACCAGCGGUUCUGCUGCCGCGACCCCCUGCGCCUCAUCACCGAGCGGCAGCAGCGCCACUGCCUCGCCUUCAGCCCCAAGACGAUCGCGGGCAUCGCCUCGGCCGUGGUGCUGUUUAUCGCGAUCGUGACGACCAUCGUGUGCUGCUUCCUGUGCUCCUGCUGCUAUCUGCACCAGCGGCGGCAGCGGCUGCGCACCCCGCUGCAGGGCCCGGAGAUCCCGCUGUCCAGCUACCCCCCCCCGGCGGCCCCAGCGCCAUUCCCUAUGGACCCCAAAGCCGGCCCCGCGCCCCCCCCGCCCGGCUUCACCCCCAUGCCCAUGUACCCGCCGGCCGGCCCCGCUGCCCAGUACCCGCUGUACCCCUCUGGACCCCCCGUCUACAACCCCACAGCGCCUCCGCCCUAUGUCCCAGCACAGCCCAGCUACCCCGGAGCCUGAGCACCCAUGGGCACCGCAGCACCCUCCUCCAGCAGGGCUGGGGGCCCCCGUGUGUCCGCCCCCGGGCCCGGUAUGGUGCCCGGCCAUGGCUGGAUGAGGCCCAUCCCGGUGGUGAGCCGGUGCCAGCAGCACAGGGCGGCUCUUGUCCCACACACUGGGCCCUUUGUGGGUGCCUCCACCCAGCCCUGGGUGCCAACAGCUCCGGGCACCCAUGGGGGGAUGCCCGGGGGCCCCCCGAGGGCCGUGCACUGCUGCACCCUGUGUGCCCGUGCCCGGAUCCGGCCCCGGGGUUGGAAUUAAACCACAUCUUGUGCCCCACA